GUUUUUAGCGCCGAAAGGAUUGCUCUAUCUUCGUUUGAUAUUCGAUGUGCAAUAAAGACAGAAUGAUGCUCACAGCGCGUAAGCGUACAAAGCGAACGCAGCCUACAUAAAUCACGUGCAUAUUAUUUCCUAACAUAAUCUAAAAUUGUGUUUCGUUUGAUGCUACAAAAAAUUCGAAUAAUUUAAUUGGCCAAUCAAGAUAAAUAAAACAAAGAUUUCUUUGCUCUGAUUGGUCGAGCAAACGUUUCGAAACUUUCGUAGCAUUAAACGGGACACAACUGAACGCUGGUAUGAAAUGAAGUGUAGAAGCCAUUUGUGAUUGUUUGUCAAUCAUUAUGAUUAUAUUAAUAUUGCGUUAAUUCUCCAACUACUAUUUUCAUCAGAAGAGAGAGAGAGAGAGUCGAACAAAUUGUAAUUAUGAAGCUAAUUGUCAAAAUCUUACUAAGAAAAAGAAUGCAAGAUUAAUAUUAUGGAUAACAAAGUUUGGAUAUCAAUUUUUGGCAUGCUAUUUUGUGCUGAUGUAUCUGGAUAUUAUUAAUUAACGAAUUAAAGAAUUCAAGUUCUACCUUUAUAAAAUUAUAAAAUUAUACAAAAAAUGGAUAAUUCAAGACAACCAGACAGAUCUCUCAGCAGUGGAAUUUCAUUACCACAAUGGAUGAAAGGAAAAAUAGAUAACAGAUUUGACUUUGACGAAGCUGCAUUCAGUCCACCAUCUUACGACGAUAGCUUCUUUUAUAUAAAAUAUCCAAAAUCACAAAAUGCUGAAGUAUCGCAACAAGGAUUAAAACAUAUUGUAACUGAGGUUUUGAAUGAAAAUAUCACGGGUUCUACAAAUCAAAUAGAACAUGAAAAAUCCAUUUCCGAUUUAAAAGAAGUAAAGGAGAUUGAUUUUAGCAAACAUCCUUUACCAUGCCAACCAUUUAUACCAAUUAUAAAUAAUAAAGCCAAUGAUAUUAAAUAUCGAAAGAUUCCAGAAAUAAGUGGAAGCAUAAAACCUAAAUCACAGGGAACAGACGAUGGUUUUCACGGUGAGCCGGCUCUUUGCGGCAAAUCAAUCGUUCAUGUAGCAAAUCAAAUGAUGUCUGGUAAAUUUACUAAAAUAUUCGCGUCAGAUCUGCAAUCGCAACAGACGGAUAGCCAAAUAAAAAAUGUCAGUAAGUCGUUGCCAGCGACACCAUUAACAUCGCCGACAGGAACUCCAGAUAGCUCACCGAAAGCGCGUAGAAAAAUUCACGCUAACAGGUACUUCACGGGCGCGUUUGUACCGGAUAGAGAGAAAUAUCAGGGUAAUUGGAUCAUGGCAAGCAUAUUGGGCCAAUCUAGAGAAAUUAUUACCGCGAAAAUAGAAGAAGAAGAUGAACCUUUCGCUGAUGUGGAACCACGCAAGCCACUUAAUCGAAAAAAGUCGAUAUCUUCGCAAAAUCUGACAUAUAUAGGAAAAGACGAAAAAUCGGCGGAUAAGUCGCCGAUUUACGUAAAUAUUCUCGAAGCUAAACCAUCUGAACUAAGAGAGAUGAAUUUUUGGUCACCGACUUCAAUGUGAAAUCUUAAGUUAAAUUAAUUAUAUAACUAUAUAGCUAUUAAUUAUAUAACUAUGCGCUUCUACCAAAGUGUAUUUAGAUUAUUCGAAGUAAUUUAGAUCUUAUAACUUGAUAACGCAUAGCUUUAAUUCUUUACACCACUAUCAUGGCAAUGUUUCUUGCAACAUACAUAUUUAGAUGUCUUAUUACACAAUAUUGGGUUCCUUUAAAUUAAAUAUUACGAAAAUAAUAAUUAUAGUAUCCAUACAUCAGAAAUACAAUAGAAUUAUAUAUAUCACAUAGUAAUUGCGUGAAACGUGUUAUAUCUGUUAUUUUCUUAUAGAUACAACAAUGUCAGUAAUCAUAUUACGCGCUUACCAAUUCUUUUAUAAUUAAGUAUUAUUUCUUU